AUCUAUUGUUAAGUUGUUUUAAAUUUAAACAUUUAAUGCCAUAUUCACUAUAUUUCUGAUUAUCAAGCUUUGAUUUUGUCUUGCUUAAAGUUUUUUACAAACCUAGAUCUUUAUAAGUUGCUAUUUGUAUUUUUGGUUUUGCAAUUUACAUAAGCCGCCAUUUCAUGUAAGAGUGUGCAAACAGCGAAUCGAUUUAUAUUUUAUGACAAAUUAGUCAAUUCGCACUCGUUACUUUGUUUCUGAAGAUAAAAAAUGGUUGGCUCACGAGUUUAUGUUGGUGGUCUACCAUUUGGUGUCAGGGAAAGGGACCUGGAGAAAUUCUUCAAAGGUUUUGGGAAAAUUCGAGAUAUCUUGAUCAAGAAUGGCUAUGGAUUUGUAGAAUUUGAAGAUUAUCGGGAUGCUGAUGAUGCUGUAUAUGAAUUAAAUGGCAAAGAACUGCUGGGUGAACGGGUGAGCGUGGAGCGCGCGCGAGGCGUGCCGCGCGGCCCCGACCGAUCGCGCUGGCGCCCCACCGAUCGAGCGCCGUCGCGCCGAGCGCCGCCCGCGCGCUCCUCCCGCCGCCUGAGCGACUCUGACUACAACUAUAGAUACGGCCCGCCGACGCGUACCGAGUAUCGGCUUAUCGUCGAAAAUCUGUCAAGCCGCAUUAGCUGGCAGGAUUUGAAAGACUAUAUGCGUCAAGCCGGUGAAGUUACUUACGCUGACGCUCAUAAACAGCAUCGCAAUGAGGGUGUGGUAGAAUUUGCGACUCACUCUGACAUGCGUGGGGCGAUUGAGAAACUGGAUGGAACUGAGCUGAACGGGCGCCGCAUCAAACUGGUGGAGGACCGGCGCUCCUCUCGCAAACGUUCCCGCUCUUCGUCAAGCCGCUCCAGAAGUCGCUCCCGGGAAAGAAGGCGCUCCAGAUCCAGGUCGGGCACUCCUCGUAGCCGCUCCAGAUCCAAGUCUCGUCCGAAGAGCAAGAGCCCUGUUGCCAAGUCUCGUUCCAGGUCGAGAUCCAAGUGUGUUGUAUCAUGCGCUGAGCAAAACAUAAUAUCGUCCAGAUCGGCUUCUCCUCGCAAGUCAGUGGAGCGUCGGUCUCGCUCCGGGUCGCGACGCAACGGAAAGUCUCCGCGCUCCAAGUCCCGCUCCAAAGAGAGGUCUCGCUCCCGCAGCAAGGAGGGCGCCGAGUCUCCCAAGCGAGAAGAGAAGAGAGAGAUGAGCAAGUCUCGCUCCCGUGAGCGCUCUGCUUCCCGCGACCGCUCUGCUUCUCGCGACCGCUCUGGGUCACGCUCGCGUUCCCGCUCGGGCUCGCCGCGGCAGAACGGCGAGUCGCAGGACCGCGCAAGCAAUGAUCGCUCUCCGAGAAGCGGGGAUUAAUAAGAUUGUCUCCGCCGCGCCGGGGGCUGUACUGUUGCACAGGGCAGACUUAUGUUUGUAUAAUGGAUUAAUAAUUGGGUGUACAGCAUGUACCACUGACCUCUACUAUUUACCACUGGACUAGCGACUGCCAAAGUGCUUUUGUGCCUGUUUGAUCUUCGCCAUUUUGGCGCUGUUGGCCAUGUCGCGAAAAAAAUUGUAACACGGAAAACUACCGAAAUUAAUUCAAAAUGCAAUAAUACUUCAGAGGACCAUACAUUUCUCUCGUAGCAAUUUGCCUAAGUUACCCUUCUUUGGCGUUUUGAUAAUUGUUUUUUCUAAUACUUGUGGACUAUUGAUAAAACUAAAGUUUCCGCCCGAGUUAAAUGCAGUCGGGGCCUGACGUAAAGAGCUUUUGACCCGCACGUCUAGCCUCGCGUGCCUGCAGUGUAGUGAUGUACCGUAGAUGUCGCUUACCGUGUUAUCGCGUUAAUACUUAAGUUGCAAUCGUGUGUUAUUUUUUUUUAUCUUAAUAAUGACUGAUCCGAGUCCAUCAAGUUAUUUCAUCGCUAAGCACGAAAAAUGGCAAAAAAAUGUUGUGUAUAAAGAAGUCGAACAAAAAUUUAAGAUAUCAUUAUUAGGUUGAAACUUAAAAUUAUUGAAAAAACUAUCAUAUUAUUUUUUGUGUAUUUGUAAUUUACGGGUAAAAUGGUAAGUUAGAAGCAUUGUUUAAAUUUAUCGAAAGUCAACACGCUCAUGAUUAUCGUCAUCAAUUAUAAUUAUGGUCACAGAACUAUCGCAUUCCCAAACUCUGCAUUCAGCUCGCGCGGUAUCUGUAGCUAAUUCCGGCUCGAGAUCAACAAUAGUAGUCAACAGAGAUUGUUUCAUAUUUUUCUGUAUAAAAUUAAAAUAAAUAACAAUAACCAUACACCCACUCCUGCGUUCCGAUCAGACCCCUCAGUCUCAGGAGUAUAAUCAUAUAAACUUCACAAUCAGAAGAGUUAUUCCAAACACGCCCAAAGAAGUUAACUUCAAUACUUCAACAAUAUUGCUAGUAAUAAUUACAUCUUAUUUAUUCUUGGAAAGGGGGUAUAUUGACUGAUUUUCAUUAACUAAAAAAUAUUGUGGUUCUCGGCAUGUUUGAUGUAAUUUGGUUACCUCAAACAUUCAUGAUACAAAAAUUUCCAUUAGCAUUUGUCAUUUAAAUAUAGGUAUUUUAAAAAAUUUUUAAUAAAUAGCUACAUUAUGAAGGUAUCUCCUUCAUAUUUACUUAAUUGUAGGUUAUUGAUUUCGUGACUUUUGCAUGCAUGUCACGAAGUUUAUACAUAUUGCAAAAUUUUAAAAUUUGUCGAAUUUUUACACGAUGAUAUGGAAUAUAUACUGGCAGUAAAUACUGUAUUUGCGUUUCACAUUGUGACAAACCUAUUCAUUGUAGAUUAAGGUUCUUUUUGUAAAUACUUUAUUUUCGAUGUAAGGUACCAAAUAAUGUUAAUAAAUUCUAAGAUUAA